AGGAAUCUAUGCCCACCAUAUGUUUGUAAAAUUGUUCCACACAACACAACACAAACAGAACAGAACAGACCCCAACAAAAGAAAAGACUUGACCCCACCACCCUUUCUCCGCAUAAUACAACGCCAAGAAAGUCUUUCCAUCAAUUACCCACUGAUCUGCAACUCCACUCUAAAUCCACCAUCAGCCAACGACGACGACGACGACAACAACAACAACAAUCAUCUCUCUCUCUCUCUCUCUCUCUCUUCUUCUUGUCUUGGCCACUUCCAACUCGCCAAUGGAAUGAAUUGUUUAUUUCAAAAGUUGCUGAAGUAAACCCCUCUCACCAUUUUCCUUAUUUAUUUAUUCACUUUUAAUCCUCUUCCCUCCCAAACCCCCCUUUCCUUUCCUAACCGCCAUUCUUUUUCCCUCCUUCUCUCAUUGAUAUACAUAUAUAUAUAUAUAUAAUAUAUGUAUAUAUAAUAAUAUAUAGACACACACACACACAUAGGGGAGAUAUAAUAUAUGCUCGCCGGCGAUGCCGACGCCGGUAAGCGCAGCGAGGCAAUGCUUAACGGAAGAGGCGGCACGAGCACUGGACGACGCGGUGGCGGUGGCGCGUCGCCGGGGCCACGCACAGACGACUUCUCUCCAUGCCGUCUCGGCCUUGCUGGCCCUACCCUCCUCCGCCCUCCGCGACGCCUGCGCACGAGCCCGCAGCAGCGCGUACGCCCCACGACUCCAGUUCCGAGCGCUGGAGCUCUCCGUCGGUGUUUCUCUCGACCGCCUCCCGUCGUCCAAGACGGUGGACGAGCCUCCGGUCUCAAACUCUCUCAUGGCUGCCAUUAAGCGCUCCCAGGCUAACCAGAGGCGCCACCCGGGAAGCUUCCACUUCCACCAGAUUCACGCUCAGCAGAACCUCAACGCCGCCGUCGCCGCCAACCAAACGGCGCCGGUUUUGCGCGUCGAGAUGAAGCACUUCGUGCUGUCGAUCCUCGAUGACCCGAUCGUCAGCCGCGUCUUUGGCGAGGCCGGAUUCCGGAGCUGCGACAUCAAGCUCGCGAUCCUCCAUCCCCCUGUGAGGCAGGUCUCGCCCUUCGCUAGGGCUCGGUGUCCGCCCGUCUUCUUCUUCAAUCCCGCGGACUCCGAUUCGACGGCGAGGCGAAGCAGCGGCGGUCUCGGCUUCAGCUUCCCUUUCUCGCGGCACGACGACGGGGACGAGAAUUCCAGAAGGAUCGGAGAGGUUCUGGCCAGGAACCCUCUCCUUAUUGGCGUCUGCGCGAGCGAGGCUCUCAAGAGCUUCACCGAGGGUUUGCAGAGCGGGAAAGCUGGUCUCUUGCCCUCCGAAAUCUCCGGUCUGAGCGUGGCUCAUAUCGAGAAAGAUGUCUCCGAGUUCGUCGUCAAAGGCGGAAGUGAAGAGCAGUUGGAUUCGAGGUUUAAGGAGGUGAGCCGCGUGGUGGAGCAAUCCUCGGGAAGUGGUGUUGUGUUGAACUUUGGGGAGCUGAAGAGCUGGGUUGGCAAUGGGGUCUUGGGCGAUCGGGUGAGCUCUGUUGUUUCCAAGUUGAAGAGCUUGUUGGAGCUUCAUAGUGGGAAGCUAUGGUUGAUUGGAGCAGCUGGAAGUGACGAUGUGUAUAUGAAGUUUUUGGGUCCGUUUCCGAGCAUAGAGAAAGACUGGGAUUUGCAUCUUCUCCCCAUUACGUCUUCCAAGUCUUCAACAGAAGGAAUUUACUCUAAAUCCAGCUUGAUGGGGUCCUUUGUUCCCUUUGGUGGUUUCUGCCCUACACCAUCUGAACUCAAAAAUCCAUUUAGCAGCACAAAUCAGUGUUUUACUCGUUGUCAUGCCUGCACUGAAAAAUAUGAGCAGGAAGUUGCUUCUAUUCUGAAGGCAGGAUCGGCUCUUUCCAUAGCUAGUCCAUACUCGGAGAAUUUCCCUUCUUUGCUAAUGACUGAACUUGACACAGGCAAGGGAGUGGAUGCAACGAAGAACGUGCUUCUUAAUUCAGUGCAGACCAAAGAUGGUGGAACAGCAUUGAACACUAGAAUAUUGGGAUUGCAAAGGAAAUGGAAUGAAAUUUGUCAACGCCUUCGUCACACCCAGUCAUGCCAUAAACUAGACAUUUUCCAGGCAGGGAGCAAAGUUGCAUCUGCAGAGGGCAUUCAAGUUGUUGCACAUACGAAAGAAAGUAGCCGUGAAGAUUCAUAUCUAAAUGAUACGCAAUCGUAUUCCGGCACAGCAUCAAACUUUCAAAAGAAUUUUCCAUCAAACGAGAGCAGUUUUAUGGCAAUGGCUGCUAGUCCUUCUGAGAAAUUGGUAAAAGUCUCGGAGAGUCGCCAAAUUGAGAAAGGGAAGCCUUGCCUUUCUCCUCAUCAUGUGCACAAUAUAGAUCCUCCACCUGACCGGAUAUCAUCUUCAUCAAUGGCUCCUGUGACCACAGAUUUGGGAUUGGGAACAAUAUAUGCAUCAAGCAGUAAGGAACCACAGUAUAUGAAAUUGCAAGAUCAUAAAGUAGGCCCAGAACGCUUGCCUGGUACUUACUCUUCCGAGAUAAAUGCAAGAACUGCUAAUACUUCACACCAAAUCAUCCAAUCCUCUUCCCGUACUACCCCGGACUUCAAGGGUCAGUUUGAUCCUAGAGAUUUUAAAUCACUACAGAGAGCUCUAAUUGGAAAAGUUGGCUGGCAAGAGGAAGCUAUAUCUGCUAUUAGUCAAGUUAUAAGCUAUAGCAGAUCCAGUGGUGGAAGACAUCGUCGCUCGAGUCUCAGAGGAGAUAUUUGGCUUACAUUCCUCGGACCGGACAAAGUAGGAAAGAAGAGAAUUGCUUUAGCACUUGCUGAAAUAUUGUAUGGCUCCAGGAAAAGCCUAAUCUCUGUUGAUUUGGGCUCCCAGUAUAGAUAUUGCGAAACAAACUCGAUUUUUGACCAUGAAGAAGUAGAUGAUUAUGAUUUGAAGUUUAGGGGAAAGACGGUUGUUGAUUAUCUUGCUGGGGAAUUAAGCAGGAAACCCCAUUCAGUUGUCUUUCUUGAAAACGUAGACAAGGCUGAUCUGCCAGCCCAGAUUAGCUUGUCCCAGGCCAUUAGAACAGGCAAGUUUCCGGACUCUCGAGGAAGAGAAAUCAGCAUUAAUGAUAUUUUAUUUGUGGCGGCCACAACCAUCAUGAAGGUUAAGACAUCUCAUCAUCAAGAGAAAGUUUCUGUUAGUUUUUCUGAGGAGGCGAUACUGGCAGCUAAGAGACGUCAAAUGCAAAUAUUAUUUGGAUCUGUCGCUAGCAAUGCUAGCCACAAGCAGGGCAUGAAUGUGAGAGUUACACACAAUGAAGGCACGUCAAACCUGUCGUCUAUACAUAAAAGAAAGCUGAUUGACAGCAGUGACUCCGCAGAGAAAUGCCUCGAGUCAAAAGAACGUGCCCAGAAGGCAUCAAGAUCUUAUCUAGACCUCAAUGUGCCUGUUGAGGAGAUCGAAGGAGAAUGCAUUGAUGGUGAGGAGUAUGACAGCGACUCCAUCUCUGAAAGCUCGGAAGCUUGGUUGGAAGAUUUUCUCAAUCAGGUGGAUGAAAAAGUUGUUUUGAAGCCGUUUGACUUUGAUGCGCUUUCGGCUAAAAUAAUAGAGGAGAUCAACGAAAAUGUGAAGAAAAUGUUGGGACCUGAAGUUAUGCUAGAGAUUGAUUACAAAGCCGUGGUACAGAUACUCGCGGCUGCUUGGUUGUCGGAAGAGAAAAAAGCUAUGGAGGAUUGGGUUGAACAGGUUCUAUGUAAAAGUUUCGCGGAAGCCCAUAAGAAGUAUAAAGAUGUUAGUUCUCGUUAUGUUAUUAGACUGGUGGUUUCUGAACAACUUGCUGCAAGAGAGCAAACUUCUUGUGUCUGUCUUCCCACUAGAAUUAAUCUGAACUAAUUUUUUUUUUUUUUUGUUCAACCCUUGCUUUUUGUAACUACGUGUAUAAUGUAGCUUUUAGCAUAUAGUUUGGGCAUUUGCGAAGGCCUUGUUUCGAUGAUCGAUCAACAAAAUUUUUUGCAUAACCAUUUUGUGCUGUAUUUAUUCCGAUACUGGAAUGUAUAUAUAAUUGUCCAG